AAACAAGCAACACUGGAAUGGUUGGGCAAUCCUUCAGAAGCGAAAAUAGAUUUUAAAGAAGUUGUUUCUAUGGUAACAACAGUAAAUACUGCCCUACUUGAACUUAAACAAACGAUUUCUGUUUCCUGCAACAAGUAUCAAGCAAUGGCUGCUGGAGAUAAGGCAACACAAGAGAAUAAAAGUGUUGACUCUGUACACGAUGGAAAUUAUUCUGAUUUUUCUAUGUCAGCUGAUUUUAGUAACAAACUAGAGCAGAGAGCAGAACGGCUUGAAACAGCGCUAACUUCUAUGCAAAGUAGGAAUACAAAAACUGAAGCUGACGUGACCGAAAUUAAGCAAUGGAGGGACACUUAUAAAACAGAAGAAAGUAAUAUGAAAGAACACAUAGAACAAUUGGCUAUAAAACAAAAACAGAAUGCUAAGCAAUUCCGAAAGCAAAUUAACGAACAGAAACAUAUAACGGAUAAGAUGAAUGAAGAACUGAAACAAUUGGAUGAAAUAAAACAAUGGAGGAAAACACUUAUACCAGAACAUAAAACUAUGGCGAAAAAAUUUGAAGAACUGUCUAAGACACUAACAGAUAAUAAAGAAAAGACUAGAGAGCAAAUACAAGUAUCCAAAACCAGAAUAAAUGAGUUGAAUACAGAAAUUAAGACCCUCAAAGAAAAAGAAUCAAAUACAAGCCAAGCACUAGAAAGAACGAAUACAGAGAUGAACAAGUUUGACAUUAUAUUAAACAAAAUAAAUGAAGAAUUAGAAAUACAAACAACUAAAACAGAGAAAUUGCAAAAACAAAUAAAAAGUCAUUCCGAUGUUAUUUCUCACUUGAGGGAAGAAGGAAAUAAAUACAAAAAUAUGGAAACCAAAGUAGAAAGUUAAUGUCCAUGCAUGGCGUCACGUUCAAGAUGUUACAACAAAGAUUGAUGCCCGUUGAAAGUUUAAUUCAAACUUUUAAUAAAAACUUGGCAAGUAGGCAGAAGUACAAACAAAAGGACAAGAAAUGAAAACCCACUCAACUCUACAAGAUGAUGGGAAGAAAAAGCUGGCCAACACUACAGAUAUGUUAGUAGCUUUAACUACAAAGGUUGAAACUCGCGAAAGUGAUAUUUUAACUCUGUUGAAAGAUUUCAAGACAAUUGAGACCCGUGUAUGUCAGCCUUACAUCUGUCAACUUCACCUGGACAACAACACACCUGUGACAACUGGAUCACUUCUUUCAACAUUUUAUAAAGUGUGGGAACCUAACGGCAGCCAUUUUAAUAGAACCACUGGAAAACUUGUAGCACCAGAUGAUGGUAACUAUCUUGUGAUUGUAACGCUGCAGGAAGGUGAGGCUAAACUGAUUAACAUUAGUGUGUACAGGGGUGAUACAUUGUAUAAGAGCAUUCUUGUCAACUCAGCCAACACAUCUACCGCUGGAUCAGCUGUUGUUGACAUGAAGAAAGGCGAAGAACUUUAUUUUAAAGUGGACCAAGCUGAUGAUGGAGCCAAGCUACACGCAGGAAGUGGAUUUACUAUUCUCAGAUUAUAAAUUUACUCACGCUUAUGAAAUUAUUAGUUUAUCGUUUAUUGCACACCACAUCAUUUUCGAUUGUUUUUGAUUAUCCAAUGUUCCUAUGUUGUAUGCAUGUGCAUAUCGUUUCAAUAGGUAGGUUUCGCUGUUUCUGGUAGUCCUAUUAUAGAGAAAUAUGUAAACAUACUGAAUUUUAAUCUACACGUAUUUUUUUUUAAAGCAAAUGGGUUUUCUUCUUUUUCGGUUGCAUUUUAAAAUACAACAUUUAAACACACUAAGUGUUUGUGUUUGAGUGUUAUAACAUAAAUUAAUGUUAAGACAAUAUAAAGUAGCUAUGCUUCGCAUGCCCUUGUGAAAUGAACAUAUACAUCAUAAAAUAAUUUGUCUAGUCAACUGAGUAUGAUUAUGUAACAUAAUAAUUUCAAUACGCUUGUCGCAUACAGCUUGCAGCAUCACUUUCUCUCAUGGUUUAAUCAUGUCAAGAUUUUAAAAUGUACAUGAAUUUAAUGGUUAAAACUGUAAUCAAACAACUUGAUAGUUUAUAUAAGUAUACGAGGAAGUAA